CCCCCAAUUUCAUUUCCCACCACAAUCAAAAUCAAAACCAAAACCCUAGAAUCUCAAUUCAGAAGAUUUCUAAACUUGAAGAGUGAGAAAAUGUCAGGAAGAGGAAAGGGAGGAAAGGGGUUGGGAAAGGGAGGAGCCAAGAGGCACAGGAAGGUGCUCAGGGAUAAUAUCCAGGGCAUUACUAAGCCUGCCAUUCGUCGUCUUGCUCGUCGAGGUGGUGUUAAGAGAAUCAGUGGCCUGAUCUAUGAGGAGACUCGCGGUGUUCUCAAGAUCUUUUUGGAGAAUGUUAUUAGAGAUGCUGUUACCUACACUGAGCACGCUCGCCGUAAGACAGUCACUGCCAUGGAUGUUGUCUAUGCACUCAAGAGGCAGGGCCGUACUCUUUACGGUUUUGGGGGUUAGGUUUUGUUUUUAGGGUUUUUCUUUAGAUCUAAUUGUAGUUUCAAGAUGUUUUUAAUUACUGUCUGAUGUAAUUAAUUGCAAAUUUGAAUCGAAUAUAUGAAAUGAAUCGGGUUUUAUUAUGCUA